CGACUCCCCCAUUGGCAACACACACAUACAUGCACACGCACACACAUGCGCACACACACACACACACACACACCCAUCCAUGGGCUGCGGGUAUCAUCACCCGAGGUCCAGCUCCAGUUACCGCCCACAUAUAAGCUAACCAGGCCAGGUAAUAGGCAGACGGUUGGGGCUACCUUGGCUCACUUUGAAAACACACGCAGACAAACCUGCUGUGACGGACCCAGGGUCGCACACCUCACCGGACGCACAGGAUGGAUCCGUAUUUGGAGUGCGAGCCGGAAACGCCGGCCAUUAUGCAAAUGCUCCCGUUGCAGCCGGCCCAGGGGCAGUUCAGCCCGGAGGUGCGUGAGCCGGGGCUCCACGUGUGGAGGGUGGAGAAGAUGAAGGCGGUCCCACUGGAGGCCUCCGAGGUGGGGGCCUUCUUCAACGGAGACUCCUACCUGGUGCUGGACAACCGCGGGGAGUCCGGGGCCGACGUCCACAUGUGGAUCGGUGAGAAGUCGUCUCGUGACGAGCAGGUGGCGGGCGCCAUGUUGGCCACCCAGCUGGACAACUUCCUGGGGGGGGAGCCCAUCCAGCACCGCCAUGUUCAGGGCUACGAGGCCCCAGAGUUCAUGGUCCUCUUCCCCCGGGGGGUCAGCUAUAAGGAGGGCGGCGUGGAGUCGGGGUUCCGGAGGGCCCCGGGGGCGGGCCCCGUGCACCGGCUGUACCAGAUCAAGGGCAAGCGCAACAUCCGUGCCAAGGAGGUGGAGCUGUCCUGGGCCAGCUUCAACAAGGGGGACUGCUUCAUCCUGGACCUCGGGGAGACCAUCCUGUCGUGGAUCGGGUCCAAGGCCAACAUCUUCGAGAAGCAGAUGGUGCGGGAGAUCGCCUCACUGAUCCGGGACACGGACCGCCACGGGAAGGCCCGCAUCGUGGACAUCAACGAGGGCGAGGAGACCCCGGAGAUGCUGAAGGUGCUCGGGCCAAUGACGGAGCUUGGGGAAAGCACGCCAGAGGAGGACACCAAGGCAGAUCGUUCCAACUCCGCCCAUCUCUACAAGGUUUCUGACGCCACGGGGUCGAUGACCAUGACCAAGGUGUCAGAGAAGUGUCCGUUGGACCGGGAUCUGCUGGUGCGCGACGACUGCUUCAUCCUGGACAACGGGGCCAACGGGAAGAUCUUCGUCUGGAAAGGUAGUGGAGCCAAUGCUGAGGAGAAGAGGGAGGCCCUAAAGAUGGCGGAUAACUUCAUCCAACAGAUGAACUACGAUAGGAUGAAGACGCAGGUGGAGAUUCUACCGCAAGGACGAGAGACGAUCAUGUUCAAACAGUUCUUCAAGAAUUGGAACUGAUGCGAGGACAAGAUGUACACAGCUUCACGCACUCAUGAGCAGAAUAUUAGGAACCCAACUGUUACCAAAUAACAAAGGCGCCCCUUAUGCAUAUCAUGUUUUUUUUUAUAUGUAUAUGAGUUCAUGUUUGUGUAUAUAU